AUGUCUGCACAGGUCUGUACUGUGACCAAAAUCAAAGAAGCUUUCUUUCACCGGACCACGAGGUUAAAACUAUUGGAAAGAGGCCAAGUUCUUCUCUACAUGUUGGCAUCGACCUCGAAGACGAAAGACUACGCCUGGCAAGAUAUUUUUGUACAUGCGGUCAAUGACAGCAGACGACCAUAUGCCUCGUCCAGUUUCUGGUUAUCGCCUUACCCCCCCUUCGGCUUGGGACGACGAAUUUGUUGGAUUAUCUUAGCCAAAAAUAGCGCUGUUUCGCUGGCCGUGUAUGUGCCCAAAUACACAUGGCGAAGCAUCCUUUGUCAUCCGAGGCUGUAA